CGCCCAGCCCGCCGCGCGUUGCAUUGUGGGGGCAGCGAGGGCCUCGGCCGCCAUUUUGUUAGCACCGGAACGUUGUGUGAGGCGGACGCAGCGCGCGCGGAGCUCACCAUGCUGUCGGCGGCCCAGCUGCUCGAUGAACUGAUGGGGAGGGACAGGAACCUGGCCCCCGACGAGAAGCGGUGCAACGUGAAGUGGGAUGACGAUUCGGUGAGAGUCGGCCUCAUAGACCGCCACAGCUCGGCCACACAGGGGGGAGACAGGCCGCGGGGGGAGACAGGCCGCGGGGGGGGGAGGGUUACUGUGGGAACACAGCCUCUGUGACUGCAAGGGAAGGGUUAAUAUGGGUACACAGCCUCACUGACUGCAAGGGAAGGGUUAAUAUGGGUACACAGCCUCACUGACUGCAUGGGAAGGGUUAAUAUGGGAACACAGCCUCUGUGACUGCAAGGGAAGGGUUAAUAUGGGUACACAGCCUCACUGACUGCAAGGGAAGGGUUAAUAUGGGAACACAGCCUCUGUGACUGCAAGGGAAGGGUUAAUAUGGGAACACAGCCUCACUGACUGCAUGGGAAGGGUUAAUAUGGGAACACAGCCUCUGUGACUGCAAGGGAAGGGUUAAUAUGGGAACACAGCCUCUGUGACUGCAUGGGAAGGGUUAAUAUGGGUACACAGCCUCACUGACUGCAAGGGAAGGGUUAAUAUGGGUACACAGCCUCACUGACUGCAUGGGAAGGGUUAAUAUGGGAACACAGCCUCUGACUGCAAGGGAAGGGUUAAUAUGGGUACACAGCCUCACUGACUGCAAGGGAAGGGUUAAUAUGGGAACACAGCCUCUGUGACUGCAAGGGAAGGGUUAAUAUGGGAACACAGCCUCACUGACUGCAUGGGAAGGGUUAAUAUGGGAACACAGCCUCUGUGACUGCAAGGGAAGGGUUAAUAUGGGUACACAGCCUCACUGACUGCAAGGGAAGGGUUAAUAUGGGUACACAGCCUCACUGACUGCAAGGGAAGGGUUAAUGUGGGAACACAGCCUCACUGACUGCAUGGGAAGGGUUAAUGUGGGAACACAGCCUCACUGACUGCAAGGGAAGGGUUAAUGUGGGAACACAGCCUCACUGACUGCAUGGGAAGGGUUACUGUGGGAACACAGCCUCACUGACUGCAUGGGAAGGGUUACUGUGGGAACACAGCCUCACUGACUGCAUGGGAAGGGUUACUGUGGGAACACAGCCUCACUGACUGCAUGGGAAGGGUUAAUAUGGGAACACAGCCUCUGUGACUGCAAGGGAAGGGUUAAUAUGGGUACACAGCCUCACUGACUGCAAGGGAAGGGUUAAUAUGGGUACACAGCCUCACUGACUGCAUGGGAAGGGUUAAUAUGGGAACACAGCCUCUGUGACUGCAAGGGAAGGGUUAAUAUGGGUACACAGCCUCACUGACUGCAAGGGAAGGGUUAAUAUGGGAACACAGCCUCUGUGACUGCAAGGGAAGGGUUAAUAUGGGAACACAGCCUCACUGACUGCAUGGGAAGGGUUAAUAUGGGAACACAGCCUCUGUGACUGCAAGGGAAGGGUUAAUAUGGGAACACAGCCUCACUGACUGCAAGGGAAGGGUUAAUAUGGGUACACAGCCUCACUGACUGCAAGGGAAGGGUUAAUGUGGGAACACAGCCUCACUGACUGCAUGGGAAGGGUUAAUGUGGGAACACAGCCUCACUGACUGCAAGGGAAGGGUUAAUGUGGGAACACAGCCUCACUGACUGCAUGGGAAGGGUUACUGUGGGAACACAGCCUCACUGACUGCAUGGGAAGGGUUACUGUGGGAACACAGCCUCACUGACUGCAUGGGAAGGGUUACUGUGGGAACACAGCCUCACUGACUGCAUGGGAAGGGUUACUGUGGGAACACAGCCUCACUGACUGCAUGGGAAGGGUUACUGUGGGAACACAGCCUCACUGACUGCAUGGGAAGGGUUACUGUGGGAACACAGCCUCACUGACUGCAUGGGAAGGGUUAAUGUGGGAACACAGCCUCUGUGACUGCAAGGGAAGGGUUAAUGUGGGAACACAGCCUCUGUGACUGCAAGGGAAGGGUUAAUAUGGGAACACAGCCUCACUGACUGCAUGGGAAGGGUUAAUAUGGGAACACAGCCUCUGUGACUGCAUGGGAAGGGUUAAUAUGGGAACACAGCCUCACUGACUGCAUGGGAAGGGUUAAUAUGGGAACACAGCCUCACUGACUGCAAGGGAAGGGUUAAUAUGGGAACACAGCCUCACUGACUGCAUGGGAAGGGUUAAUAUGGGAACACAGCCUCUGUGACUGCAUGGGAAGGGUUAAUAUGGGAACACAGCCUCUGUGACUGCAUGGGAAGGGUUAAUGUGGGAACACAGCCUCUGACUGUAUGGGAAGGGUUAAUAUGGGAACACAGCCUCUCUGACUGUAUGGGAAGGGUUAAUAUGGGAACACAGCCUCUCUGACUGCAUGGGAAGGGUUAAUAUGGGAACACAGCCUCACUGACUGCAUGGGAAGGGUUAAUAUGGGAACACAGCCUCUGUGACUGCAUGGGAAGGGUUAAUAUGGGAACACAGCCUCACUGACUGCAAGGGAAGGGUUAAUAUGGGAACACAGCCUCACUGACUGCAAGGGAAGGGUUAAUAUGGGAACACAGCCUCACUGACUGCAAGGGAAGGGUUACUGUGGGAACACAGCCUCACUGACUGCAAGGGAAGGGUUAAUGUGGGAACACAGCCUCACUGACUGCAUGGGAAGGGUUACUGUGGGAACACAGCCUCACUGACUGCAAGGGAAGGGUUAAUAUGGGAACACAGCCUCUGACUGCAAGGGAAGGGUUAAUAUGGGUACACAGCCUCACUGACUGCAAGGGAAGGGUUAAUAUGGGUACACAGCCUCACUGACUGGGAACACAGCCUCACUGACUGCAAGGGAAGGGUUAAUGUGGGAACACAGCCUCACUGACUGCAUGGGAAGGGAAGGGAAUGUGGGGGACUGCAUGGGAAACUGUGGGAACACAGCCUCACUGACUGCAUGGGAAGGGUUACUGUGGGAACACAGCCUCACUGACUGCAUGGGAAGGGUUACUGUGGGAACACAGCCUCACUGACUGCAUGGGAAGGGUUACUGUGGGAACACAGCCUCACUGACUGCAUGGGAAGGGUUACUGUGGGAACACAGCCUCACUGACUGCAUGGGAAGGGUUACUGUGGGAACACAGCCUCUGUGACUGCAAGGGAAGGGUUAAUGUGGGAACACAGCCUCUGUGACUGCAAGGGAAGGGUUAAUAUGGGAACACAGCCUCACUGACUGCAUGGGAAGGGUUAAUAUGGGAACACAGCCUCUGUGACUGCAUGGGAAGGGUUAAUAUGGGAACACAGCCUCACUGACUGCAUGGGAAGGGUUAAUAUGGGAACACAGCCUCACUGACUGCAAGGGAAGGGUUAAUAUGGGAACACAGCCUCACUGACUGCAUGGGAAGGGUUAAUAUGGGAACACAGCCUCUGUGACUGCAUGGGAAGGGUUAAUAUGGGAACACAGCCUCUGUGACUGCAUGGGAAGGGUUAAUGUGGGAACACAGCCUCUGACUGUAUGGGAAGGGUUAAUAUGGGAACACAGCCUCUCUGACUGUAUGGGAAGGGUUAAUAUGGGAACACAGCCUCUCUGACUGCAUGGGAAGGGUUAAUAUGGGAACACAGCCUCACUGACUGCAUGGGAAGGGUUAAUAUGGGAACACAGCCUCUCUGACUGCAUGGGAAGGGUUAAUAUGGGAACACAGCCUCACUGACUGCAAGGGAAGGGUUAAUAUGGGAACACAGCCUCACUGACUGCAAGGGAAGGGUUAAUAUGGGAACACAGCCUCACUGACUGCAAGGGAAGGGUUACUGUGGGAACACAGCCUCACUGACUGCAAGGGAAGGGUUAAUGUGGGAACACAGCCUCACUGACUGCAUGGGAAGGGUUACUGUGGGAACACAGCCUCACUGACUGCAUGGGAAGGGUUAAUGUGGGAACACAGCCUCACUGACUGCAUGGGAAGGGUUACUGUGGGAACACAGCCUCACUGACUGCAUGGGAAGGGUUACUGUGGGAACACAGCCUCACUGACUGCAUGGGAAGGGUUACUGUGGGAACACAGCCUCACUGACUGCAUGGGAAGGGUUACUGUGGGAACACAGCCUCUGUGACUGCAAGGGAAGGGUUAAUGUGGGAACACAGCCUCUGUGACUGCAAGGGAAGGGUUAAUAUGGGAACACAGCCUCACUGACUGCAUGGGAAGGGUUAAUAUGGGAACACAGCCUCCUGCACUGACUGCAUGGGAAGGGUUAAUAUGGGAACACAGCCUCACUGACUGCAAGGGAAGGGUUAAUAUGGGAACACAGCCUCACUGACUGCAUGGGAAGGGUUAAUAUGGGAACACAGCCUCUGUGACUGCAUGGGAAGGGUUAAUAUGGGAACACAGCCUCUGUGACUGCAUGGGAAGGGUUAAUGUGGGAACACAGCCUCUGUGACUGCAUGGGAAGGGUUAAUAUGGGAACACAGCCUCUCUGACUGGGAACACAGCUGACUGCUACACAGACUGACUAUGGGAAGGGUUAAUAUGGGAACACAGCCUCUCUGACUGCUGCCUCACUGACUGGGAAGGGUUAAUAUGGGAACACAGCCUCUCUGACUGCAUGGGAAGGGUUAAUAUGGGAACACAGCCUCACUGACUGCAUGGGAAGGGUUAAUAUGGGAACACAGCCUCACUGACUGCAAGGGAAGGGUUAAUAUGGGAACACAGCCUCACUGACUGCAAGGGAAGGGUUAAUAUGGGAACACAGUCUCACUGACUGCAAGGGAAGGGUUAAUAUGGGAACACAGCCUCACUGACUGCAAGGGAAGGGUUAAUAUGGGAACACAGCCUCUGUGACUGCAAGGGAAGGGUUAAUGUGGGAACACAGCCUCACUGACUGCAUGGGAAGGGUUACUGUGGGAACACAGCCUCACUGACUGCAUGGGAAGGGUUACUGUGGGAACACAGCCUCUGUGACUGCAUGGGAAGGGUUACUGUGGGAACACAGCUUCUGUGACUGCAUGGGAAGGGUUAAUGUGGGAACACAGCCUCUGUGAAUGCAUGGGAGAAGGGUUAAUAUGGGAACACAGCCUCACUGACUGCAUGGGUAGGGUUAAUAUGGGAACACAGCCUGUGUGACUGCAUGGGAAUGGUUAAUAUGGGAACACAGCCUCUGUGACUGCAUGGGAAUGGUUAAUAUGGGAACACAGCCUCUGUGACUGCAUGGGAAGGGUUAAUAUGGGAACACAGCCUCUGUGACUGCAAGGGAAGGGUUAAUAUGGGAACACAGCCUCUGUGACUGCAAGGGAAGGGUUAAUAUGGGAACACAGCCUCUGUGACUGCAAGGGAAGGGUUAAUAUGGGAACACAGCCUCUCUGACUGCAAGGGAAGGGUUAAUGUGGGAACACAGCCUCUCUGACUGCAUGGGAAGGGUUAAUGUGGGAACACAGCCCUUCUGACUGCAAGGGAAGGGUUAAUAUAGAAACAUAGCCUCUCUGACUGCAAGGGAAGGGUUAAUGUGGGAACACAGCCUCUCUGACUGCAUGGGAAGGGUUAAUGUGGGAACACAGUCCCUCUGACUGCAAGGGAAGGGUUAAUAUAGAAACAUAGCCUCUCUGACUGCAAGGGAAGGGUUAAUGUACAACAAUAGCUUUUUUGACUGCAAGGGAAGGGUUAAUGUACAAUAGCCACUCUGCAUGGAAAGGGUUAAUGUACAAUGACUGCUCCCUAACUGCAAGGAAAGGGUUAAAGGGACACUUUAGUCACUUGGACUACUAAAGCUUAAAGGAUCACUAUAGUGUCAGGAAAAUUAAGCGGUUUUCCUGACACUAUAGUGCCCUGAGGGUGCCCCUCCCCUCAGGCUCCCCCUCCCGUGGCGCUGAAGGGGUUAAAACCCCUUCAGCAGCUUAUCUUUGUCCAGCGCCAACGUCUGCUCCCAAAGUGUCCAACUAAAGCAUUAUUCAAUGUUUCCUAUGGACACUCUGCGUGAUGGAGGCAUAUAAUGCCUCCAGCGUCGCAGGUGCGCCUCUAGUGGCUGUCCGGAAAACAGUCUCUAGAGGCUGGCUUGACCCUGCAAUGUAAACAUAGCAGUUUCUCUGAAACUGCUAUGUUUGCAUCUGCAGGGUUAAAACACGAGGGACCUGUCACCCAGACCACUUCAUUGAUCUGAAGUGGUCUAGGUGACUAUAGUGUCCCUUUUUAAUGUAGUUCUGGUUUCCCGGCACACUUUUUUUUUUAAAUUCAAAGGUUUACUAUAGGGUCAGGAACACAAACAUGUAUUCCUGACCCUAUAGUGUUAACACCACCAUCUAGCCUCUCUGGGCCCCUCAUGCCUCCAUAAAUAUAGUAAACAUCUUACUGUAUUCAAGCCUGAAGCUGUAAAUCUACAUGCCGUUAGACUCAGAAAAACAAGCAGUCUGCUGACAUGUGGAAGCCUGAUCCAAUCACAGUGCUUCCCCAUAGGAUUGGCUGAGACUGACAAAGAGGCAGAUCAGGGGCAGAGCCAGCAUAAGUCAAACACAGCCUUGGCCAAUCAGCAUAUCCUCAUAGAGAUGAAUUGAAUCAAUGAAUCUCUAUGAGGAAAGUUCAGUGUCUGCAUGCAGAGGGAGGAGAUACUGAAUCACAGGAUGCUGUGCUCUGCUGACAGCAGAUCUGAGUGGAUGGAGGCAUAUUAUGCCUCCAUCAACUCCGAAGUCCCUCUGGUUCCCACUAUGUGACUGCAACUGGAGGUGUUCCUAGCUUUCAAUGUAAACACUGUAUUUUCUCAGAAAAUAGUGUUUACACGAGUGGCUGCAGGGAGCUAUAGUUCUCAUCUGAACAACCUCAUUAAGCUGAAGUUGUUCAGGUGACUAUAGUGUCUCUAUAAACACUGCUUUUUCAGAGAAAAGUCAGUAUUUUAUAUUAUUACCCAAGAACACAUCCAGUGGCCCUCGCUCACUAGGGGUUCUUCCAGAGUAAGUGCGGCACAACAGCAGGGGGAAUGGUUAAAGGGAUCCUAUAGUGCUUGGAAAACAAACUUGGUUUCCUGACACUAUAGGGUUAAUGGGUCCCCCCUUCAGCCACUUACCUGAAUCCAGCGCUGAUGUCCCUUGGUGCUGGCUCAGGCUCUGCCAGCAGGGGAGACCUAAUGUGCGCAUUAGACUUUCCCAUUAUUCAGUGCUUUCCUAUUGGUGAAAUCUGAUGCUGGAUGUCCAUGAGGACAUCCAGUGUCCGAUAACGGUCCAAAAGUCCGUUUAGAUUCCGGAAGCAACCCCAGUGGCUGUCGUGUAGACUGCCACUGGGGGCAGACUUAGAGCUGCAAUGUAAACAUUGCAGUUUUCUGGAACUGCAAUGUUUUACAUUGCAGCACUAAGUGCAAAAGGGUCACAGCACCCAGAUUACUUCAAUUAAUUGAAGUGGUCUGGGUGCCUACAGUGUCCCUUUAAUGUACACGGCCAGGUACCCUAAUCUGCAGGGAAAUGGUUAAUGUACAAAGCCAACGUCACCUAACAGAUAGGAAAGGGUUAAUACAAAGCCAGCUUCUCAAUGUUUGUAAACCAGAAAGUUUUGCUGGUGGGCAAAAAGUUGAUGUGAAAGGCCACAACCGUUUGAUGACAGGAAAUUUGUUAAGCUGGAAUUGCAAGACAGCUUUUUGGAGAUAAACACUGAACCGCCUCACUGGUGUGGAAAGGGGUUAAUUUCUACAGCCCGGAGCUGUUUAACCCCUUAAGGACACAACUUCUGGAAUAAAAGGGAAUCAUGACGGAAUAUUUCCGUCAUGUGUCCUUAAGGGGUUAAUGUGGAAGAUCAGGACCCCUCACAAAGAGGCUGAAUGGGGUUCGCUGGGAGAGGUGCUUUACAGUGGGGAAAAUUUGAAUUUUCACAAAUUCUAAGUGAAUUUUACACCUGAAAUACAUUUUACAUGUUAGAUAUGUAUUGAUUUGGAUAUAUUGUCCUAAAAUUUCGGUAUUUAAAUUCCUAAACAUUUAGACUUUUAUAAAUAAUCCUAGAAAUGUCAGACUGGGACCCCUCGCUGAUUGCUAUUAAAAUGAAGGCUCAAUUCAAGAGCUUAAUAGUACAAGAGGCAAAUGUGCAUUUUUACAGUCGGGUAACUAAUAUUCAAGCUGUGUGGCAUGGCUUGGCAUAGAAGGUAUGUGUAUAAGCUUUGAUCAGCAGUCAGUGUUAAUGAGCUGUUGCUGUCAGUAUUGACCUUGAGUUUGUUAGAAAUUGACUUUUAUAGUUAUGUUGUAGGUCCUUUCCAAAUAGUUAUUACUUUUAGGUUUUAAGUUGAUCUGAAACCCUGUCUUCGUUUUAGUGAAAUCGUUUGUUUUUCACUCCAUGGCAACAAGAAGCCAAGUACAGUUGAGUAGUUUUCCAUGAAAGGUCUUGUGACCUUCAGUAAUUACAUAGGGAUUGAGACAAAUUGUGUGGUCCAUCCUGUGAAUCAAUGAGUCACUCUGCUUUUCUGUUUGAAAAGGAAAUUGCACAUCCAAUCAUCUAGCGAUAGUAUGUAGAUCAACCGGAAAAGUUUGGAUCAUCAUAAACAAAGUAUGGGGUUUUUUUUGGUUUUUUUUUUAUGUCAAAGCAGCUUCUUGAUCCAAGGAGCAGUCUUCUCAGCUUUUUUUUUUCUCACUUAAUAUAUAGUGAUGUUACUAUUUAUAAAGCUUUGUAAGUCCAUUCAAAGUUGGAUUUUCACUUUCUUUAGGAUAAUCAGCAGUAACACGGAGGUGUAAAAGGCUGGCUUUAAUGGAGUAUUUAUUCCAGCCUAUGGAACUUUAACAUGUUUAUAAUCUACAGUAGCUUGCUUACUGUAAAAAAAAAAAACACUAAAUCAUAUCAAAUCUACAUGAUUUCAUUAAAAUGGACUCAUGCCAGUAUCCGUAGCCCUGUGGAAGGAUAUAUUGUGCUACAGUGCUGGUGGAGAGCCAUGUUCUGUGUGCACUUUUGUGGAUUGCAUGUCUGUAAACGCUGGUAUAUGGUAUUCAGGGCUAUUUACUGAAAAGUGAAUUUGUAAUUUACAGUCAGAGUAGCCAGAUUUAAGGCAAUGUUUCAGAGAAGUGGCAAUAUUUACAUUGCUGUAAGACAGCCUCCAGCUGCUGUCUCCCAGACAGCCACUAGGGGUGCUUCCUGGCCUCUCACUGAGUUUGAGUCCAUGAAAUGACACGGAGUGUCCUCACGCUUUGCAUGAGAAUAUCCAGUGUCUUCUAAAACAUCGAGUCAAUGCUUUCCUAUGGUGAUGGGCUAAUGCACAGCGGCACUCCCUCCCCCGUUAGCUGAAAAUGGAGGCGCCUGACCAUGUGUCUUUUGCUGGAAUCAGAGAUAAGUUUAAAUGUUUUUGAUGUUGCCGGGUAUGAAAAGAGUGGUGAUAAUGGUCAAUUUUAGAAUAUUACCAGGACUGACUUCUAGUUAUAAGAGCCCUCUAUUCUUGAGUAUAAAUUAUAUUGGUAACAAAAUAAUCCCUCUGAAUGGCUCUUUGCAAAUGCAAAGGAUAAGUUCUGUUGGGAGAAAAAUGUAACAAGCAAACUUUUUGAUCAUAUGGUUUUGUUAUAGAAUAUAUUAGGAAAUUGAAACAAAUAUUUCAAUUCGAAGAUUGCAGUUGAGAUUUCACGAAUGCUAAUCCAAUGUCUUCUUUCCCCAGGUCUGUAAAUACUAUCUAUGUGAAUUUUGUCCUGCGGAAUUAUUUACCAACACACGCUCAGAUCUCGGUAAGUGAAGCUGUUAUUUGUAUGUAAUUUGAGGUAUGCCAUUCCAGCACGUAUUUCAAUUAAAGGACCACUAUAGGCACCCAGACCACUUCAGCUUAAUGAAGUGGUCUGGGUGCCUGGUCCAGCUAGGGUUAACCUUUUUUUUUUUUUUUUUUAUAAACAUAGCAGUUUCAGAGAAACUGCUAUGUUUAUAAAUAGGUUAAUACGGCCUCUAGUGGCUGUCUCUUGACAGCCGCUAGAGGCGUUUGCGUGCUUCACACUGAAAAUCACAGUGAGAAGACGCAAGCGUCCAUAGGCAUUAUGAAUGCUUUCCUAUGAGACGUGCGCAUUCAGCCGAGGAGGAGAGUAAGUUUAACCCCUUCCUCCCACUAAAGCCCGGCGGGAGGGCGUCCCUGAGGGUGGGGGCACCCUCAAGGCACUAUAGUGCCAGGAAAACCUACUCAUUUUCCUGGCACUAUAGUGGUCCUUUAAGUGUAAUUGUGGAUAUACUUAUAGGAACAUUGUAGUGUCGGUGCAGUCCUGAAACAGGAAGCAUCUCUAGUGGCCGCUUGCGUAACAGCCACUGGAGGUGUAACUAUCUGGCAGUGAAAACACUGCCUUUUCUCUGAAAAGGCAGUGUUUACAGUGCUAUGACUGCAAGGACAUGGAGAACCAUUACAUUGUGAUAGUGGUUCUGGUGACAAUAGUGUCCUUUACAAGGAAUUUGUAGUUAUAUGCUGCGACAUUUAUUUAUCAUAGCUUCAUGAGUUUGUUAAACAGCCGGGGAUUAUUGGCUCAGUGCCCCUACUCCAUGCUUUAAAGGUUACUCACCGGAGGGGGGGGGGGGUGCGCUGUCAAUAGCUGUUUGGUGCCAGCCUGCUGUGUGCUCGCAUCAGGCUCCAAUUUUACGCAGAAUUGACAUUAGCCAGCCGUAGCUUUAUUCUGGACUGGCUAAUGAACGUGCCAGAAGUGGAGUUACACCUCCACCAGCUAUGUGGUUAAUCUCUAGCAUUUCUAAGUGAAGUGCAGGACAUACAGACUCCAGGCACCAUGACCACUUCAAUGGUCAUGGUGCUUGGAGUAACCCUGUAAGUGAACAUUUUCUGUAGGGCAUGUAGAGAUCUUAAUUCAUAAAUUGCAAUCUCAGUUUUAACCUAUGAGAUUCACAUGCUAUCUAUAUGUGAGUGUAACAUGUAAAUUUUACAUACAUCUCUUUUUCAGGUCCGUGUGAAAAAAUCCAUGAUGAGAACCUACGCAAACAGUAAGUUUUGAUUGGAGCAUUUCUUAUGUGUUCUUAAAGGUUUGGGGAUUUGUUUUGGCUCUCAUAUUCUGCAUAUGAAUUUGGCUACUGUAGAACAUGUCUAGGAGUUAGGAACAAACUGAUUUGUUUUGCAAUGACACUGAAAGGUGCACCUAACAAUCCAAUUGCUUCCUUGAUUCUUUUUCUGGGGUCUUUGCAUAAUUUACAGAGACUGCUGGCUGUAACUGCUUUGCUCUCAUUGCGGUUGCCAAGGGGUGCAGGGAAAGGUGAGUUGUACUUGCCUCAACCUGUCCCUUGCAGCCACCACCAUCUUCCAGCCAGUCCUCUUUAGUUCAUGGGGCUUCAACUGCCAGUAGCAGUUGUCCGCUUUGUACUCUUGUGCAUAUGCAAGAGUACAACUUUGAGAUCUGAGGGAUCCUCCAUUGACAGCAUUAUUUCCUCAAAGCCAUUUUUCUUGUUUAGAAUUUUGCCUUUGUGGGUCAACAGGAAAGAGUGUUCAAGGUUUAACUUGAUGGAUUUGAGGUGUUUUGUUUUUGUGUAAUUUUUUUAAUUUUUUUAUUAAAGGGACACUCCAGGCACCCAGACCACUUCUGCCUAUUGGAGUGGUCUGGGUGCCAACUCCCACUACCCUUAACCCUGCAAGUGUAAUUAUUGCAGUUUUUUUAUAAACUGCAAUAAUUACCUUGCAGAGUUAACUCCUCCUCUACUAGACAGCCACUAGAGGACACUUCCGUGUCUUUAGCACAGGUUUUCUGUGCUAGAGCGUCGCUGGACGUCCUCGCGCUGUGUGAGGACCCCCCCGCGUCGCUCAAUUCCCCAUAGGAAAGCAUUGAAAAGCAAUGCGGCACUGGAGUGUUCCUUUAAGCAUUUUUACUGAUUUAAUUACUAAAGUGUUUGUGUUAGAGUGUUAUGGUUCGUGUUUGAAUUUAAGUACUUUUUUUUUCUUUUUUUUUUUUUUUUUAAAGAUAUGAAAAGAGCUCUCGUCACAUGAAAGUUGGGUAUGAAAGAGACUUCUUACGAUAUCUGCAAAGUUUACUUGCUGAGGUUGAGAGAAGAAUUCGAAGGGGUCAUGCCCGACUUGCUUUAUCGCAGAGUCAGCAAGCUACUGGUGUAAGUAAUGAUAUUGAAGUUGUGGUGGUGUAUGAUUUUUGUUUUUGUAGUAAAUAAAUAUACCUCCCCUAAAAUAUUGCUUUGCAUGAGCUGACAUAAAUCUUAAAUGGACCAUCCAUCCUCAAGAAACACUGCAGGUUAAGCUUCAGGGAUGUCCCUGAAAUCUUUCAUUUGUAAACACUAUCUUUUUUGGGAAAAGAAAGUGAUUACAUUGAGCUGUAAGGGUACUUCUAAUAGUUGUUACUUACAGUCUGUAAAAGUCCUUCCUGUUGCUAUCCUGCAAAUUUGCUGGACCUCUGUUUACCAUCUUCACCAUCCACGUGAAGAUGCUGAGAUGUGUUGAGCUAAUGCUUUGACAAGGUGACUGGCCCAGUGAUUAUUGCAUAUAUGUACUAUACACCUAAUUCUUCAUUAUGGUGAAGCAUUGGAUUUGCUGAGAGACACUGAUAAUCUCAGCCAGUGGCAGUGCACGGUAGUAGUGAGACCAAGAAAGGGGAGUUAAAAAAAGUUUUUUUAUUCGGGGGGAUCAUCUUAACCCUGAUUUUUAAAAUACAGGAUUCUUUCUAACGUUAAAGUGGAUUUGAAAGUGACACAUCCUCAUCUCAGUAAAUGCGUUUACCGUGCUUACUGAGGUGAAUGGGUGGGGGUGACUGCAGAGUGCAUGGCAAUUACACUGAUCAGGGGAGCUUGGGUUCUUUGUGCGUUGAGAAAUGUUAAAAUAUAGGCAGUUUUUUUUUCAUAAAACUGCCAGAAAUUCCUCCUUUUUAAAAUUGUUUCACUCUUUCACCUGUAAUAAAAGCCUCCCAGAUGUUAUCUUACUGCUUUCCUGUAAGCAAAUAGGCCUAUCUGUAAAGCAGAAUCCAGAACUUAGAAAUAAAUCACAACAUACUCUGCUAGCCUCAUGUCUAAAUAUUGUGAGCCUGCUUGUCACCACUUAACCAGUGAAAUGUGCCCCACCGACUCAUGUAUAAGUUUAUAUUUUUGGAAAAUAAAGUGGGGAGGCUCUGAUUUGCAGACUUGUAGUAAAGAGUAAAGAGACCAAACUAGUGGCUCCUAACCCCAAAGUUGGGAUCCACCUUUGUCCCAAAGCUAUUUUAUUAUGUUUUUUUGUUUUUGGAACAUGUUUCAUGUUUACCAGACUAUCCAUAAGCUGCCCACAACUAUACUAUAGUAGCCGAGCAUUCCGCUGGGCAAUGAACUCCAGACACAUGUUAAGUCUAGUGAAAUUAAACAACUGUUAAAUGAGUCAUAUUUGGAUAAACUUUCUGUUUUCGAUAACAUUUUGAAAGAUUUAUAUUUGUUGAAUGUGCUCCAAUGAUGUUUUGAAAAGGCAUUCUAGUUAGAGGAGAGGGGUGCCAGUAAGUGACAUUUAAAUGCUGCACCAGACUCUUCCACAACUGUUUGUUAGACCAUCUUGUUUCACAUUUAGAAAUUAACCUGCUCAGUGCUGGACAUACUGGAACCUUUACCAACCUAAUGCUGUUCAUUAUUUUGAAUCUUGCAGUGCAUUCACUCCAUCUGGGGUUUUUAAACUCAAGUACCAAAUAAAUAUAGUGCAUUGUUCUCAGUCUAACAUGGUUUUAAUGCUUUUCCAUAGUCUGUUGGACCAGCUGGGAAGAAUGAGGAAAAAGUUCAAGUUUUGACUGACAAAAUUGAUGUUUUGCUGCAACAUGUAAGUAAACAAAAUUCACAGCGUAUGCAUAAAAGCAAAUAUGGAGACCACCAAAUUCUUCUCUUCUUUUUGGAAAUCUGUAACUUCCCCCUAUCCUGCACUUGAUGUUAGCUCAUAUAUAACUUGCUUGGAUCAAAUCUUUUGCUAUUUAACACUUCAAUAUUAGUCUUUUUGUGCUGCAGAAUAAGUGAUUAAAUCUGUUUCCAUUUUAUUUUUAGAUCAAGGCAGAUCUAGCCCAUGGUGUCACUUUGCCCCAUUGUCUUAAUGAAAUUGGCUGCAAUUUAAUGACUGGCAUUAUAACUAUACUGUUUGAAAUUCUGGCUUUUACUUUUAUAACGCACCAGUUUUAAUCAAACUACACAUUAAAGGAACACUUCAAGCAUGGUGGGGCUUUCCUUUCCAUCUAUUGUAAGCUGUGAAGCCACUCUGGAACAGUUUAACUUCUUACCUGUCGUUUCCUGCCUCUAUUAUUUCUGAGAGGCAGAAGCUCCUAGCUCUCUUGUGUUACACUCUGCACUGCUAGGCUUGGUUCAGACAGAGGCUUGUCGCUCUCCCAAGUAAUGGAGGUGGGGUGCAGCGCUCAGUAGAACCCAGAUAGGAAUUUAAACCGUUCUAAUACGGUUUUUCACCGAAAGAAGUGUAUCAGAUAAGUAGUUUGUUGUACAAUGACUGUCUGCCCGAACUCUACUAACAUUUUUUUUCCUUAAGAAAUCUAAAUUAUUUAUAGCGUUUGAUACAGUUUGUACAUCUAGAUGUCUUGCAACAUAAUGUGGUUAUCCUCCUCCAUCCUUCUGUCUUAAGGGCUCUCUAGGUUCUUAUGAUCUACAGAACCAUAGAACAUGUUUGUUUAUGAACAACAUUUGCUCUCCUUUCUAUUAGAUUGAAGAACUGGGUACUGAAGGAAAGGUUGAGGAGGCUCAAGGGAUGAUGAAGUUGGUUGAACAGUUAAAAGAAGAAAGGGAGCUUCUCAAGUCUACAACAUCGGUGAGUUGCAUGGGAUCUUUUCUGCAGCCAUACUCAUUCUGUAUAACUUAUCUGUGGGAGAGUUGUCUAAAAUAUACCUUUGUUAGGUUUAUUAUACUUUUGUUUUCCUGGUGACUUGGUACAGGGAAUAAGUACAGUGACUACACGGUUUUGCUGACCAUGCACAGGUUUUCUCGCUCUCCUUUUUCCCUUUUUAUUACAAUUUGUGCAUCUUGUUCUUCCCCUCCAGACAAUUGAAAGCUUUGCAGCUCAGGAGAAGCAGAUGGAGGUCUGUGAAGUUUGUGGUGCCUUUUUAAUUGUUGGAGAUGCCCAGUCGCGGGUAGAUGACCAUCUCAUGGGAAAGCAACACAUGGGCUAUGCCAAGAUUAAAAAUACAGUUGAGGAGUUAAAGGUAUGACGAGCAAUAUGAAGAUGCCACAAGCUGUAAAGCACACUGUAUGCAUUGUAUAAAGGUUGUAAGGAAUGUGUUUUAUGGACAUAUUUGUAAGCUAUAAAACAAGACUGUGAUGUUUUAUGUGCAAAAAGGAUUGCAGAACUGUAAUUAUUGCAGAACAAAACUUCAUUUUUCUUCAUGAAACCUCCACAGUAACAAUUGGAUCAUGAAAUAUUUCAUAUAUAACAUGUUAACACACCAGUCUGGUCUUUGCUCUACAACUGCUAAAAGUUUUAUUAGACUUUUUUCAUACUAAAUUGUCUGAUCCUGUCAUUCAAAUUAAACAUUUGGAGCCUGCUAGUGUGUGUGUGCCCUCCCUGUAUAUAGUAAAUGGUUCUCUUUCCUCUACCAGUGUAUUGUUUAAACUUUAAAAAAAAAGGGGUGGGGGGCUCAACUUUUGUCAUGGAAUUCCUUGCAUGCAUCCACUCCCAAACUCAUCCUACAAUGCAGCAAUCUAUGUAGGUGUGUUUGUGUUUGGCUGCUUGCAUCAGUCUUCCGUGCCCAGCUUUAAAUUUAUUUUUUGAGAAUAGCACAAAUUAAUUGCAGUGGUUAUUUUUUAUUAGGAAAAACUACGCAAGAAAACAGAAGAGCCGGAGCGUGAUGAUCGGUUAAAGAAAGAGAAAGAAGAAAAAGAUCGUGAAAAAGAGAAGGAACGUGAAAGGGAAGAAAAAGAGAAGAAACGACGCAAAGAAGAAGAAGAAAAAGAAAAGGAGAGACAUCGGGAAAGAGAAAAACGCAAAAGAAGCCGUUCUCGUAGCAGAAACUCAGACAGACGUGGAAGUCGAUCACGUGACCACAAGAGAUCAAGAAGCAGAGACCGGGAUAGAGAUCGUAGGCGAAGUCGGUACGUUUAAGAUUUACUGUGGGUUGGCACAAGCAAUGGAAUUUACCUGGUGGUAUUUUUGAAAUGUGUACACCAUACUGAAACUUUCAGAAUGUAAGUGGAAAAGGCCAUUCAGCGGUAGCUGAUGAGAAGUGGCAGGAUUUAGUGAAAGCUCUUCCCAUAGCCUAACUUUGCAAAAAUUAAGCUAAUUUUAUAUCAGCUGUUUCCAUAAUGCCCUCUACUUUAUAUAUCUUAGUUACAUUGAACUUUCUUGAAUGGGAUAAUGGCUUUAAAGAGAAGUUAGAGAAUAUAAAAAUUACCCCAGCUCCUUAUACAUGGUACAUGCAAAAAAUCUUUUGCAGAUUACAGCUCUCCAUGGUUGGCUUACAAAUGCGGCAAUAUUUCUUCCCCGACGUCGGUACCAUUAUAAUUCACAAUCUCUUGAGUAUUCGCUGUACAAACAGCUUUGGAAUUGUGUAGAGUUGCCCUGAUGCUUGGUAACCGUUUAAGGCAAAGUAUCAUUAGUUAGUGGCACUGGUUUAGGAAGGUAGUGUGCAAUGAAUGGUUAUUUAAUGAUUGCACAAAGCUUAGGCAAUCUCACUUGUAAUUGUUGGAGGUUUGUGUUGCUUACUACAGCAACAUAACAGAAUAGGAGUGCAGUUGGAGGGAAUUGGGAACAUAACGAAGAUCUAAGAUAGAUGAGUAUAAAGGAAGCGCAGUCAGUUGUGGUGAGUGCAUGUUUGGAAAGUUGGCAGGAGUUUCUUCUGGUGUCAGGAUCUGUUUGAAUUUAACUACUCGGAUUUCAUGGAGAUGAGAUGUAGAUCUAUCGCUAGAAUAUGCCAGAGCUGAACCAUCUUUGGCUGAAACUUUAAAUCAUUGUUUUUCCUGGUUGGUUCCACCAUCUCUACUGCCCUCUCUUUAAAAAGACCAGACAUGUCAGUUGUAUUGCAAUUUUUAAGAAAAUUUAUAAUAAAAUAUAUAUAAAUGUUUUUUUAGACGGUGUCCACUUUGUCUUUUACAUAACUAUAUAUAUUUUUAUUUUGCAGGAGUAGAGAACGUAAAAGAAGUGGGAGUCACACAAGAACUGAGCGAACAGAUCGGAAGCACAGAUCACGCAGCCGUGAGAAAAGGCGAUCAAAAAGUAGAGAGCGCAGAUCAUACAAACAUAAGAGCAAAGAGAGAGAACGCGAGAGGAAGUCCAAGGAAAGGGGUUAGUUUAUAUUCUUUUCAUGCAGUCACAGGGAAUAAAGUGAUCAUCAUAUGUGCAUAUUACUGUUCCAUGGUAUGUUCCCUCACAGACUAGAACAGGACUGGAUAUGGCUUCAAGGCCAGCAUCAGAAGAUAGCCUUUGCUUUUGAGUGAAAAUGGUCAAAUGUCUGUUUUGUGUGUGUGUCGGUCGAGAGAGACUAAGCAGUUGCCUUUUAUGAUAUAAUUUGUUUAAUACCUUUUUGAAAUGUCUGCGUAUAGCUGAAGCUCAAAGUAAAUCCCAACCUUGCAUUGCUAUUGAUUUCAAAAUCAAGCUUAAUGUAGCGGUUCUGGUGUCCAUAGCAUGGCUCUGCCGGCUAUUCAGAAAAAAGGUUGUUUCCAUUGCUGGCUAGUAACGCCUCUUGGUGCAGUCACUCAGACGGCCCCUAGAGGUGCUUCCUAUCUCACUGCGGCACAUUGUGCAGCACAUACAUUUAGUGUCCUUGAACACUCCCUGAAGGCAUGCAUUUAUUCAAUGUAUAUUUGAGGCGAUAUUGAGUGGCACAGCAGUGUUUUGCCUCCCAAUUCUUUCCUGUAAGACAAUGUUGUGUUGACUGAGAUCAUGAAGAUUGAUCUCAGCCUUAGAAGCGGGGAGCAGCCGCUGCAAGACUGGCGUGGCGAUGGAGAAAAGGGUAAGUUUAAACCUGCUCUUCACUCCAGCACUAUAAUGUUAGGACUACAUGUUUGUGUUCCUGUAAUGGUAGCUAUAGUUUUGUAUGUUUUUACUUUCACUUCAAAGCUUGGACAGUGCACCUUCCUAUUGCCACAAGUUUAUCUCCAUGUACAUCUUGUGGUUUUUUUUUUCUCUACUUGAAAUAAGCACUGAUCCAAGAACUCUCUUGAUACUGCUUUCUAUCAAAUAUUCUCUGUGGCGCAUCUGAUGUCACUGACCACAUAUCUAUUCUUUUUAUUGACAGAAAAGCGAAGCUCUGACAAGAAGAGUAGGAAAUCCAGCAGUCGGGAAAAGCAGAGUGAAUCAAGAAAAUCUGAAUCUAAGGAUUUGGCUACCCAGAUCGAGGUCAAUGGGGCCAGUGAAGGCAUAAAAUCUGAAGGUGACACUCAGUCCAAUUAAAACUGAUCUGAUAUGACCUCUGAUCAGUCUGAGGUAAGUGUAAGCUUUCUCCCUUUGGUAGGUCUUUAUGGUAGAUUGUAACGGUGCAGCGUAAGUAUGCACAGAUGAAGAAUGAGCAAAACUGGUUUAGAAGACAGAACAGCUUCCUAUGACAGCAAGCACUCUAGUCCUGCAAAAAAUGUCGAGGUAUACCCUUUUUCUUCUAGCUACUUUUUAAAAAAAAAUUUUUUUUUGUAGUUGACGCGUUCAUUCAACCUGUGUCCCCCUCUCUCUCACCUCAACGCGCCUUCCUGGAACAUAAGCCACUCAUUAGAUUAAAUAACCCAAACCUUUCACAAAGUUUUAACUUUUUUUUUUAGUUGCUUAAUAUUUUCUCUUGUAGCUUCAUAUCAGUGUAAAAAAAACCUAAUUGUAUGAAAGUCCACAUUGGUUCAUUGCCAGUUCAUAUGAUGAAGCACACUAAUUUUAAGGCACGUUGCGAUCAGCCCAUUUUUAUUUAUUUUAUUUUAUUUUUUUAACCUAUAUAUCUAUAUCGAAGUACCGCUAUUUCUCUGAAGAAUGUUGCCUCAUUACCUUGCAUUCUAAUGCAGUUUGUUCUGUAACUGGAGAACCAGUUGUGGAUUGAUGGAAGUGUAGGGUUUAUGUCUGCCAUACCUCACUCUGCGUUGGUGUUGUAAGCGGCCCAUGAAAAAUCCAAAUUAAAAAUCAAGGAUUCUGUCACACUAAGCAGGUACUCAUGCCAGGUACUCCUUUCUCUACCAAAAUCCAUGUUUGAAUGAUGUGACCUGUAAUAGCAUUAAGCUGCUCUGUGUAUUUAUUUUCAUGUCUUUGUCUACAUUAAAGAAAGCCACACGGUGUGUUUGUUUUUCAUGUUUUUAUUUAUAUAUUUAUACAUACAAGUUUUGUUACAAUUUAACAGUUUGAAAUUUUCUUUCGACUGUGUGUAGGGAUGCAGUGAUGCCCAGUGUUAAAUUUCAAUAAAGUUGUUUAAAUCCCUGUACACACGAUAUUCCCUACCAGUUUUUACACUCAGUGCGAGCAUUGUAAGAGGUAUGUGUUUAAUAUUUCCUACUACGUAGGAGAAUGUCCUUGCAGGAUAUUGUAACUUGAUAAAUCAGUUUAAGGGAUUUGUGGACAGAGAAAUUAAUUUCUUUUUCUAAAAAAGAGGGGGGGUCAGCAGUUAGUUUUAGCCUAGUUUACCCUCGUUUGCAUGACAUCUGUAGAUGAAUUUGCGGAACAAUUUAAGAACCUGUACUUUUGUGACCUCUGAAAGAUAGUUUAUGGGCCUGCCAUUAAUUGUUUUGUUUUCUUCACGUUUUGCGUUGUAGGACUACGUAAUCAAGUCUCGGACGUCCCACAGUAUCUUAAUUGAAGAUCUUCUAUAAAUGAGGUGACAGAAAGCUGUAAUGAAAAUGCUCAUUUAGAAUUGGUUUUAAACAAUUAAGAUGAGAACUGAUGUAAAUUUUUCUAUAGUGACAACGUGGUGCAUUUGCCAUGCUGAUAUGUGUCCUGGCUCAGGCAUACAGGCCCUACAGUAGCAACAUUACAUACACUUGGCCUGCACAUUGUUUAAAUACCAGCUUUUUCCGGACUUGGAAACACAAAGUUAUGUUUGUGAACCAUGUAAAACAAUGUUUUCUUUUUUAUUUUAUUUUUUCCUUUUUAUUACAAGUAGACUUUAGAGCCUAUAAUAUAAAUAAAAGCAUCAUUACUGUUGUAAAUGUGCUAUGUUGUCUUUUGGCAUGGUAUUAAAUGCUUUUUUUUUUUCCAAAUAAAUUUGACUCAAAGUUGCUUAUUGUCUCUUUCCAUGUUGUUCACUGAAUUUAGGGCAGCCAAGGCAAAUAAAAUUUAACCUCA